AUGGACUGUGGGACGGUAUGCCCGAUCUGUUUCUCAGAAUACACAUCAACAGGGAACCACAGAAUAAUGUCUCUUCAGUGCGGCCAUUUAUUUGGAAGCCAGUGUAUUCAAAAAUGGAUGGGAAAAAAAAGCAGGAUGCAGUGUCCAUUGUGCUCUAUUAAAAGCACAAAAAGACAGAUAAGGCCAGUGUAUGCAUCGAAGAUAGUUGCUAUAGAUACAGAGAAUGAACAGAUGCUGCUGGAGAGGUGUCUGAAGGAAGAAAAGGAGAAGAACGAAUACAUUGAGAUCUGUGCAGGGCUUAAAGCACAAGUAGAAGCAUUAAAGGCAGAGUUGUCGCGCGUCAUCGAAGAAAGGACGAGAGAUGCUUUCAUUAUACACAAGCAAAAGAAGUUCAGCAUCAAUGUUGGGUUUAGUACAAAUAACUCUAUAAUAGAGUACGACGAAUCAAGCUGUACUAUUGUUGUUACAAGAAAGAAUGGGAAGGAGGUAGGAAUACAAAAAUUCGAGUCCUAUGAUUUCAGUAAGUCUGAGUUUGUUGUGUUGGGAGAAGGUCUAUGCAUGGGGAAUAUAUCUCUAAGCCCUUUCAAUCAAGGCUUAGGGCUGUUUCCUAUUGGAAAUGUACUUAACAUUGUCAAUGUAUAUAGUGGUAGUAUAGUUGCAAAGUACACAGUUCAUAAUAAAAUAGAAAGUACAUGCUUUGACAAGGACGAUAAGAAUACAGUAUAUUGCGGGGACAAUAGGGGGAGUGUGUAUUUCAUUAACAUUUCAUCCUGUGAGCCCUUUAAGGCUCUUAAGGUAUCAAACAUUUCUAUACACUCCAUAUGUAAGAAGGGCUUGGAGGUUUUUGCCUCCACAAUAUAUCAAACAUACAAGAUUGUCUUUUCAGGAAGCCAUGCUCCUUACUAUUUAGAGAUGGAGCCUUAUUCAAUAUGUACCAAUAUGUCGGAGUAUAAGGAUCAUCUGCUGCUAACGUUUAGAGGUUUAGACUUCCGAGUAAAACAUCUUAUAUGCGGGAAGAAAGAAGUUUAUUUGAGCCUAGGAGUAAAGCAAGUAAAGAGACAUAGAGAUAGAAUAUACAGAGAUUACAUAUACAUUGUAGAUGAUGAAAGGAACUCCAUCAGGAUCAUAGAGGUUCAUUCUCUUGAAGCCGUAUACACUUACACCUUCAAGGAAAAGAUCUUGGACUUCUUUGUAUGCAAUACAUUUUUAUUUGUUCUAACAAGGUUCACCAUUCAUAUAUUUUCAAACAAUACCUAG